GCGCUCUGCUCGGUCACAGUGAACUUUGACAAAGCGCUCUGUGGAUGCUGGCAAGAGUUUCUACCAUCGCGCGCUUCUGCAAGGUGAUUGAUUUAAGAUAAGGACAGACGCUGAACUGAUGUGUGUAAAAAUGUAAUGCAAACGUAUAUCGAUGUGUGACACCCUGUGGAUUUACAGUAUCUGAAACCUAAAGAUCGAAAACACGUCUGUAAUCCUGUAAUGAAAUAUGGAAGCAAGGAGGAACUCUACGUACCCACUUCUUUUGGGAUAAACUAUCAUGCCACAGGAUAUUGGUAUCAGAACACCUGUAAUAAUGGCAGUAUAUCUCUGAUCAGUGCUCUUGUUGAAAACACGGAUCGGAUACAUGCAAAGGAUUAUACCUGAGCAAGGGUCAUGACAGAACUUUCUGAGAGGAGAUAAUCAUUAGUUGGGUGGAUGGAGAGGGGCAGUGAGGUUAUGGUGAACUCAUCCCCAGCAGUCGCUGCUCAAGCAGAGGGAGAAGAGAUUGAGGUGCUGGAGAGCACCGAUGUCCUUCCUGUUGCUCCAGAGGACCAAUGGAAGUCUCUUUUUGACAAGUAUGAUCCAGAGAAUUCAGGCUUCAUCAGCACUGAGCGGUUUCGAGACCUGCUUGUAGCUCAUGGAUCAGAACUGGACCCUCACAAGCUGGAGGUUCUUCUCGCCCUGGCUGAUGGAAAUGCAGACGGCAAGAUCUGCUACCAGGACUUUGUUAACCUGAUGAGCAACAAACGUUCAAACAGUUUCCGUCAAGCAAUCCUGCAGGGGAGUCGGCAGCUCCGGAAUUCUGCACUGAGAGAGGAAGUGGGCUUGGGUCUGUCUCGAAGACUUGUGCGCCACGUCGCCUACGAGACUUUGCCCAGAGAGGUGGACCGCAAGUGGUACUUUGACAGUUAUACCUACUGUCCACCGCCAUGGCUAAUGCUGGUCAUCACUAUAGCAGAGGUUAUUGUCUUUAUGUAUUACGGACUGCAGCUAAACCGCUGGGUUCUACAGGUGUCAUCCCCUUACUUCCUGAAGGGCCCACUGCCAUACCACCCACAGCUCAGAGCUCAGGCCUGGCGCUACCUUAGUUACAUUUUCAUGCAUGCUGGAAUUGAACACCUGGGUCUAAACAUGGCCAUGCAGCUGUUGGUGGGCGUGCCAUUAGAGAUGGUGCAUGGUGCUGUGAGAAUAGGCCUGGUGUAUGUGUGCGGUGUGCUGGCAGGUUCAUUGGCUGUGUCAGUGACAGACAUGACUGCACCUGUGGUCGGUUCGUCAGGGGGAGUCUACGCUCUAGUGUCCGCCCACCUCGCCAAUGUUGUCAUGAACUGGUCAGGGAUGAAAUGCCAGUUCAAGCUCUUUCGCAUGGCUAUGGCUCUGGUGUGCAUGAGUGUGGAGUUUGGUCGUGCUGUCUGGCUCCGAUUCUAUCCUCCAGCCUUCCCGCCAUUGCCUAAUCCCAGCUUUGUGGCCCAUCUGGGGGGAGUGGCAGUGGGCCUUACCCUUGGUGUUGUGGUUCUUCAGAACUAUGAACAGCGUUUGCAGGAGCAGUCCUUGUUCUGGAUCUUCUUCAGUGUCUACACACUCUUUAUCCUCUGUGGAAUCUUCUGGAACAUUUUCGCCUACAAUCUAUUGGAUAUCAAGUUACCCCCACCUCCAUGAAGCACAUAUUCUGUGUGGAAGCUGUAUAUUAAAAGGCAGACAACAUAUCUGAAUGGUUGUGAAAGUCAUAAAUGAAAAACAAAUUCCUUACUGCAGUCUCCUGCAGCAUUUUUGUUAGUGCCUAAAUCAUGCCAACGUCUAGUGUCAUCAAAGCAGCUAAAAUUAGCAGACAUUUCAGCAAUGGUGAGUGUGAAAUAAGAGAUCUCUUCACUGAGCACAAGUGUAAAAGUAUAUGCUUUUUACAUACUUUCAGGCUGCCAUUGAGUGCUAUCAGAGAUAGCACAAGUAUUAAUUUCAAAAUCAAACUGCUGCUGCUGGCUUGUCAAAUGUCAGGUUGAUUCUGUGUCAAAUAUUCCCCAGCUCUUAACUGGCACAGAAUGGUUUUUCUUAAAAACAAGAAAAG